CCAACCCUGACAACAACUAUCCCUAACCAACUAGCAUUAUCAAUCCUACCGCUAGACUCAGAGACGAUCACCCCUGAAAGAGCAAUACGAAUCGCUAACCACCAAACGGAUGUGACACAACAAUCACUGGUCACAUAGAUCUUUCCUACGACGUCAACAUAAUAUAUAACAAAUUUGUCUUAGACCUAAAACUAAAGACAUCAACAAUAAACAAAGUAACAUAAAAAACGUGAAAAUAAAACCAUAAAAAUAAAAAAUAACUGAUAAAUCUGAUUUUCCAUUUCCAAAUCUGUCAAGUCCUAGCAUCUCGAUUUUCUCCACGUUGAUUCACCAGAAAUUAACCAUUCGAUCUUCUGCUCAGUUGAACCUUUGGAUUCUUUUCCACAAGAAUAAACGCCGGACAAGAAAAGCAGAUGAAGAACACAUAACUCAACUAGAGGAUCCUAGACUUAUGACCGCUUUGAGACUUGAAUGACCUACUUGAAUGAACCUCUAGAGCCGAUGAAGAACACAGAAGAACACCUGGCGGCUGCCUAGAAGUCUAUUCAACCGUAAGAUAACGAAAAUUUACUGUCCGGUACUCCCAUAGUACGUAUUUGGACUUUGGAGCAGCCCAUACACAAAAUUUUGUGAAAAAUUGAAAAACAUCUUUAGAGUAUCUCGUAUGUUACGUGAAAAUGCGAAAAUCUUUGAGAAAACUGGGAACCGGAAAGGUCAAUUUUUACUCAAAAAAAAGUUUAUUGAGUUUUUGAGAAUCGACAAAGUUUCGCUGCUACAUUGGAGUAUUUCAUUUCUAAUGAAAACGGUAGACGGAGCUGGAAAAGGAACACGUGCAUGACCUUCACGCGCGCAUAAUAUCAGUAGUAGUCUUCAAUAAUGAGAGUGACGAUCAAAUCCUCUGCAGGCCUCUGGGUGUUGGCGUCCACACCCAUGACUCGCCAUUGCCACACAUCCUCUGCCGCCACCUCUCUCCAUCUCUUACACCUCCUUCAACUCUCCAUUGAUUAUCGAACUCUCAAACUCACCCAACAAUGCCAUGCUCGGAUCCACUGUUCGGGCCUCACCCAACACUCCGUUCUUGCAACAAAACUCAUCUCAGCAUACUCGACGUGCCAAAGCCCAUUCAGUUCACAGCUCUUCUUCGACUCAUUCGUAACAAAGAACGUUUACAUUUACAACACACUGAUCAAUGGAUUGGCGAAAAACAGGUUCUUUGUGCAAAGCAUUCGUCUUUUUGAGCAAAUGUGUGGUAGUACUGUUUCGCCUGAUGAAUUCACAUCCUCCAGUGUUGUGAAAAUAUUGGCCGAAGCUGGGGAUUUUAUGUCAGGGAAGAUGGUUCACUCCAUGUGUGUAAAAAACGGGUUUCUUUUCGACAUUGUGGUCGCCAAUUCUUUCAUGUCUUUGUAUGUGAAGAAUGAGAGUCUCUCUGAUGCGCUGAAACUGUUCGAUGAAAUGCCAACUAGAAAUUUGGGUUCUUGGAAUGUUAUUAUUUUGGGCUAUGUACGUUUGAAAGAUAAAAGUUCUGAAAAUGGGUUGUGGGAGUUCGUGAAAGAGAUGAAAAUGGAAGGAUGGGACUUCGAUGCCUUUACGGUUUCAACUCUACUCUCAUUUUGCGUAGAGGAUAGGAAAACGUGGCAUUACGGAAGGGAACUCCACUGCCACGUCUUCAAGAAAAGCUUAAAUCUAGAAAUAGGAAUAAGUGGUGAUGAUCAUCACUUAGGCUGUUGUUUAAUUGACAUAUACUCCAAGAGCGGCAGAGUUAACCCAGCAAGAAAGGUUUUUGAACAGUUAACCCAUAGGAACGUGUUUGCAUGGACAUCAAUUGUAAAUGGUUAUGUACAAAACAGUAACUUCAAAGAAGCCUGUCAGCUUUUCUUUAACAUGCAAGUAGAAGGAAUCACACCAAACAAGGUUUCUCUUGUAUGUAUCCUCCCUGCUUGCAGUUCAAUGGUAAGUCUAAAGGGCGGCAAACAAGUCCAUGGGUUCGCCAUUAGGCAAAAUUUGAACAAAGAAGUGUCUUUCUCAAAUGCUUUAGUCGAUAUGUAUUUCAGAACCGGAAGCUUCAAAAGUGCAAGACUUGCUUUUGAGCAUGGGUCAACUAUCAAGGAUAGGAUAUCUUGGAGUUCAAUGAUUCUGGGAUAUGGGCUACACGGGAAAGGCCAUGAAGCAAUAUCUAUGUUUAAUCAGAUGCUUAAUACUGGGAUCAAGCCGGAUAUGAUCACAGCUGUCGGCGCUCUUUCAGCUUGUGCAAGAUCAGGAUUGGUGGAUGAAGGCAUCAAGAUAUUUGACUCUGCCUUAAAUGAUUAUGGUGUUAAACCAUCAGUAGAAAUGUGUUCAUGCAUGGUUGACCUCUUCGGGCGGUCUGGACAGCUGGACCGUGCACUUGAGUUUAUCACCUCUAUGCCUGUGGGACCUGGGCCGAGCAUCUGGGGGGCCCUCUUGAACGCAUCCACACUACAUGGGAACGACAAGAUGCGUGAGUUGUCGUACAAGUUUCUUGUUCAGAUGGAACCAGAGAAUCCAUCCAAUUAUGUUUCCCUUUCGAACUUAUAUGCUUCUUCCCAGAGAUGGGAUGUUGUUUCAGAAGUUAGAAGGUUGAUGAAGGAGAGAGGAAUGAAGAAAUUGCCUGGAUGCAGUUGGAUUGACAUCAAGAAAGAAACUCAUUGCUUUUAUAUUGCUGACAGGGCACAUCCCUGCUGUGAUAUCAUUUAUGAGAGGUUGGAUGAACUUAGUUCAAUGAUGAAGCAAACUGGUUUGGAGCCUGCGUUUGAGAGUGGGAUAACGCUGUGUGAAUGAUGUUGAUCUACUAAUGAGCUCCAUGAAUGGUUGAUGAAAGUUUGAGGGAAGCUCUUUAUCCUGAUAAAAAUAAUUCAUUAUCUGCAGACAGACUCGCUAGUUACAAGGCAUUAGUGGAUAUUCGCAAGCUCAUUGAGCAUGAAAUGGAAAAUUUUAAAAUGUGCGAGAAAGAAACACAGACCAAUGCAUUUUCCUAGGCUUGGGCAAUCAACCAAAGACGGUUAGUGUGCUUGAAAAUUAAAUCGAUAGCUUUGGAGCUGAACUGGAAGGACGUAGUUUUAAAAAAGGGAAAUCAAAGCCACUAAGAAUGACUCAUUUGGAGACAUCAAUUACUUGGCACAGGGCACAUUAUAUCUUGAGUCCAGAGCAAAUCAAAGAUGUCAAAAAUUUCCUGGACGACUAUGUGGAAUGCAAUCAAGUUGCACUUGUUGAUUAAGAUUAUUGUGUUUAAUAAGUUUUCUAUUUAUGCCUAUAAUAAUGUUGAUGGCAUGUUUUUUAAGUAAAUGAGUAUGGUGUUUUUUAUUUAUAUAAUGAUGCCAUGUUUUUUUAAGUAAAUGAUGAUGGUAUGUUAAUUGAAGAAUGUUGGUAAAGACAUAAAUAAGCUGUUAUGCGGUGUUUAAUUCCGGGGCAUUUGAAGCACAACAAAAAUCAAUGAAAACCCUCAGAAGAGAACAGAACAUGAAAACUUUUUUGAGAAACUUUUCUUAUUAAGCGUCAAUGGAAAAUAUCUUCAGAGAAUUUAACUUGAAAAGUUAGUUGAGUACUUUUAUUCUUCUUACUAUUCCUUGUAUGUCAUUAAGUUUGUAACUUCAGUGAUAUUUUAAGUGUGAACUUAAUUACAAUCUGUCUCAAUUUUUUUUUUGCUGAAGUACAACUGUAAAAUGUAAAAGGUGAAAACAUAAGAUACUCUGCCAAAGUAUUAGUUGUAACUUGUAAGAAUAAAAAUCCUAAGGUUAAUCCAAAUUCGUCGUUAUAAAAAGUGAUAAAGAGAAUACCAUAUAUUGUGACAUAUGCAUCCUGAUUUUUUUUUCUGUCAAAUUUUAGGAUGACUUUGAUGAGUUUGGUGAUGCUGAUGAGAUUUAUAGCUCUCUACCUGUGGAUAAGGUUGAGGUUCUUGAAGAUCUAGUCACCAUUGGUGCCACUGGUCCUGCCAAGAUGUUGGAGUCAUAGGAAGAGAGUAAGAGGAGGAAACUGCAGAGGAGGAAAUAAGGCAUGGCAUUGCCCUUACAUGAAUGGAGCGAAACAACCAUUGAGUGGAUUGGCAUAUCAAGCUUAUUCUUACCACGUCUUUUUAGAGAAUAUUUAUAAUGCAAAAUGCGUUUUACAAUUUCAAAAAUAGUUCAAAUGUAAAACAUUGUUAUUCCUAUGACAUUUUAUUUUUGAAGCCAUUUUAUACUAAAUUAUAUUCCUUAUAUAAUUUAUAUAUAAGGAAUAUAUAAGCAAACAUACCGGAUGAAUUUGCUCACUUUUU